CCUGAUCUCGGAUAUGUCAAUUCCCCAAACAGAUACUUUUUUACCUCCUUCUUUCGUGGAGUCGUUCAUCUUUUCUUCUUCUUCUUCUUCAUUUUUUUUUUUUUAGAAGUUAACAUAGAAUAUUUAAGCAUUUACCAUGGAGGAAGGUGCUAGAGGCAAAAUACAAGCUUACUCUAAAAAUGAGUGGGAAGGGGGAGAAUGGGGAGUUAGGUGCUCACCAUGGUGGAGAGAUUUAUGGAGUCUAGAUAGGAAUUUUGAACCUAGGAGAAACUGGGUGAAAGAAGGAAUGUUAAAAUCAGUAGGGGAAGGAAGUGAUACUCUAUUUUGGUACAAUGCUUGGGCUGGGGAGAUUCCACUUAAGGAGAAAUACAAUAGAACCCCAACAAAAGACAACUUGAUGAAGCGAGGAAUGAACGGCCAAGGCAAUGACAAAUGUGUGCUGUGUGAUCUAGAAGCAGAAAGCGUGGAGCAUCUUUUCUUCAAAUUCAACGUAUCAUGGAGCAUUUGGGCAUCAUGUUAUGAUUGGUGGGAUCUCAAAGUAGCUACUCACGGUAAAGGAUGGCCACAUCUUGAGCAAUAUAUUGGCAUGAUAUCCACAGGUCUUGAAAAGGAAAUGUGGACAGUUGUUUGGUUUGCAACUAUGUGGUCUAUUUGGCUUUGGCAAAACCAGAAAAGAUUUAAAGAUGGAGCCAACAAUAAAGAGCAGGUUGUCGAGCUAAUAAAGUUCAGAUCAUUUUACUGGUGCAAAAUAGCAUUAUGCUUAGACCUUGUGCAAGACAAAUGGCGUUCAAAACCAAAGGAAGGCUACAUGAGAGUGCAACAACGAGUUUGAGAUUAUUUAGCACACAAUGGAUAUCAUGGAAGAAGGUUUGACACUGGUAGAGGUAUGAUGGAUCCAUACCCCUAAAGGCAGGUAAAUGCUUUGAAAAACUUGUGAUUAACUACUUUUUGUUGUUGUAGGCCCCGGUCAUAUUUUUGGGAGCUUUUGCUAUGAAUGGAACUUUAUGUAUUAGUAAUGUAAUGGGUUUAGAGUACUCUAUUAAUAAUAUAUUUAUUUUGUU